GGGCACUGCGCAUGCUCCAAGCACGGCGCCCCCGACUCUGCGUUCGGCUCCACUCGGGCAUUUCCGCCUCUUUGUUUUAAACUCCGGACGGGUUUUUUUCUCCUGCUCUUGGGGGGGACCCAGAGGGAGCGGCGCCCCCUCCCCCUCCCGGCGCGGCCCCCGCGUGCGCCCCGCUCGCCCGCAGCCGAGACGGCAGGUAAAGGAGCAGAUCCGUUUCGCUGAGCAGCCAAAGCCGCUGGUCCGGUGGGGCUGCUCCGUGGGGGCAGCACGUGUGGGUAACGCCACCGUCCCGUGUGUCUCUGCAGCUUCAGAAUGUAGCAGGGUCCCGGCUGCGUGUGCAGUAUUUCCGAUCGACUGCUCUGCGGUUCACUGCGUGGGACUCACUAAAAACCCUAGCAAGAGCGUGAUUACAGGGCUGUGUGCGUCAGCAUGAGUGACGUGAAAUUGAAUGGCAGACCCCGUUUUGUGCUAGAAAAUGGAAAGACAGCGAGAGACAGGAGGAAGGUGCAGACGUGACGAGCCAGAGUGCGGGGGGAGCAGCGGACGAGGACCCGAAUCCCUCCCGUAACCCGGAGCAUCCGAUGCGGAGGCAGCGGAGGGGACAGACGGCAUCUUGAGGAGAAGCCAAAGAUGUUGACCAGAAAGAUUAAACUCUGGGACAUAAACGCCCACAUCACCUGCCGCCUGUGCAGUGGGUAUCUCAUCGAUGCCACCACGGUGACGGAGUGUCUGCACACAUUCUGCCGGAGCUGCCUGGUGAAGUACCUGGAGGAGAACAACACGUGUCCCACCUGCAGGAUUGUCAUCCACCAGAGCCACCCUCUGCAGUACAUCGGUCAUGACAGGACCAUGCAGGAUAUUGUUUACAAACUGGUCCCAGGCCUCCAGGAAGCGGAGAUGAGGAAACAGAGGGAAUUCUACCACAAGUUGGGCCUGGAAGUGCCUGGAGACGUCAAGGGAGAGACCUGUUCUGCAAAACAGCACUUGGAUUCCCAUCGGAACGGAGAAACCAAAGCGGAAGACAGUUCGAACAAAGAAGCAGCCGAGGAGAAGCAGGAGGAGGACGGCGACUAUCACCGCAGUGACGAGCAGGUGAGCAUCUGUCUGGAGUGCAACAGCAGCAAACUGCGGGGCUUGAAACGGAAAUGGAUCCGCUGUUCAGCCCAGGCCACAGUCCUGCAUCUGAAGAAGUUCAUCGCCAAAAAACUUAACCUUUCGUCUUUCAACGAGCUGGACAUUUUAUGCAACGAGGAGAUCCUGGGCAAGGACCACACACUCAAAUUCGUAGUCGUCACGAGGUGGAGGUUUAAGAAGGCGCCGCUCCUGCUGCACUACAGGCCCAAGAUGGACUUGCUGUGAGCGGCGGGCACAGCAGAGACUCAGCCCCCCUGCCCCGGGGCACUGCUCCGAGUGCGUGGCCUGGCGGGACCACAGUGGCGCCAAGGAUGUCAUCCCAGGCGUCGUGUGGACCAGAUUCCUGAAUAGAGAAUAUUUAUAACUUUUGUAUGAGAGAGAAUUCACACUCAACAGGACACUCCCGGCACGAGAUGCUGACACACCUCGCGGCCGGGGCCCUCUGCUCCAGCUCGCAGACCCGCGUGAGAACAUCGCGAAGGUUCCAUCCCAACGUGUUACCUUUGCUUGCUUUCCAGGUCUUGAAAGUCUCUUCCGUUCAGUUUAUGAAUUAGGUUUCAUGAUGAGCCCCCAAAAUACUUGUACGUUUAUUGAAUCCUUCCUAAGUUAUUGAAAAAAAUGUCUUUUCAUGGUGAAUGACGAUAUUUAUGUUGCCUUUAGCUUCCUGAAGACUUUAGAAGAUGUAUAAAAAUUUAAUUUAAAAGCAUACCAAACGAAGGGUUUCCGUUCAUAGCCUGAGAAACCGUGGUAUUCCAUUCUCCACGUUAGGAAAUGUGAGGCCGGCCGCUGCCCUGGGCCACGGGGCCUGGCAGCCUGGGAGGGGGCUGCAGCCCCGGCCCCCCGCCCGCACACUCAGCAGAGCGGACCAGCCGCCGCUGGUUGGCAGAACGACUCUUGUUGUUAAAAAUCGCUUUUAUUAAAUACGUUGCGAGUUGUUCGGUGCGUUAAUUUCCUGCUAUUGUUUCCCGUUUUCAUUUUGCCGAAGAGAUUGUCGGGAGCGUUUGCGUGGGGCGCGCUCGCUGCCAGAGCCCCGGCUCUGCAGGCCUUCGGAGGUGGCAGGAGCCAGCAGCGCCCCCGCCGGCGGUUCUCGCGCGCGUGGCCGGUGUUCGAGGGGAGGGCGCCGAGGACAGGGAGGCCGGGUCCGGGGAGGCGGCUCGGUGCCGCCAGAGAGCUUUUCCGGCCGCCUAGGGCCCGAGGAGUCAGGCACCGGCAGCACGGCCUCUGUUGGCGGCCCGGCCCUGCGGCCUCGCGGGUGUUCGUGGUUUUGUGGGAGUGGAGAGGGAGCCCUUUGCCGGGACAUCCGCUUCUGCUCCUUGGAGAUGGGCCCUUGGGAGGUCUUAGCACACACCUGACAGGCGCCCGGCGGCCAGCGGGCUCCGUCCGCGUCUGGGGCUGCUGCUCUGUCGCCUGCCGGCCCCGGGUCCUGGGCACCUUGCUCAGUAGGCGGUCCGGCCGGGCGCCCUGCGAGCUGGGCUCUCCGGGAAGAGCGUCCCUCGGGACUGGACCUCCUCUUGAACCGGCUUUGCAAGUGAGGGUCUGGCUCCUCGACACUCAAGUUGUUUUCUUCUGCUUCCUGUUUCUUGCACAUCCGUGUCCGGAGCAGCUCCUUAGGGACGAGACCCACGUUCCCCGAAGGGGCUCAGGCCAAGUGGCCGUGAGGCCUUUCAGAAACACAGGCGGCUUCUCCCGGGGGGGCUUGGCCAGAAUCCCCCGCCCUUCCCGCCCUUCCUCCCGGGACCGUGGGAGCUGCUCAGUGGCCUGCGCUGGCCGGCCCCCCGGCCGGUCGUUGGAGCUGCCCGGGGAGGGCCUCCUGGGUAGAUGUCUGUGAGCGAACGUUUCCUGUCUACCUCAGAUUCUCGUGUCCGCCCGUCCCUAGCCCCGUGCGACCCCGGCGCCGUCCAAUGUGACGUCAGGGUUUAGGUCUUUCCCCGUCUGGCGAGAGGAAGCAGAGCCGGAACAGACGAGCGUCCACGUUCACGUCGGAUGAACUCGCAGGUCAGCUGUCGGAUGAACACGGCUGUGAUAAUCGCAUAGUUUAUAUUUGUACCUUUGUAGCUCCUUCGAAAUCACUUGAACUUGCUCUGGUGCUAAGUCCGCGUCGAGCCCCGCGGGGAGGCGGCGGUGGGCGAGCCGGGUCGCCGGCCGCCCUGGCCGCGCGCGCCGACGCGCUCUGUAACCCUGUCGUAACCUGAUGAAACCUCAGCAGCAGAAGUACCUAUUUUUCUAAGAUUUUCUCGCGCAGACCGUCCUCUACGGGAGACUCCUGGUGCCGCCGCCGCCGCCGCCGCCGCGGGUCUGGCCGCAGCCCCGCGGGGACGGAGCUCGGGCCUCGCCGCCGCCGCCGCCGCCACGGGGGCCGCGCGCUUCUCUCCGGCGGCCGUUGGCGUCAAAGGCAGAAUUUUAUCUUCUCCAGCAUGACCGCCAGGAUCAGUUAGUGGCUGGAUCCUAUGAAGCGUUUUCGAACAAGGGACGUAGUUUCACAGCUACCGAUGCUGGUGCCACGAACGCUGCCAGUCACCCCGCGGCACCGGCAGCGGCAGAGGGCUUGUCACCAGCACCAGGCCUCACUGGGUACAGUUUUCAUGAAAAGAGAAAAUUCGCAUAGAAUAUAUAAUACUGAAGUUGAGAUUUGGGGGGUAAAAAAAAAGAAAAGGUUAACUUUAUAAGAUUAUUUAUUCUAUUUUAAGCCUUCUAUCAUAGUUUCCCAUCCAGUUACUUGGUUCCAGUGGUCCAGCUUUCUUUACAGGCAUAUAAAAUGAAAUUGUGAGAUGUUCGGCAAGCUUCUUUUUGCUUUGAGUAGCUUUUAAUGUGUGUCUUUUGUCUGAUGUGGAUGGAGAGCAGCUGAUGCUCUUGUGCAAUAGGUGCCAGCCCGCCUCCGGCAGGCGCGGCAGUGGAUUGGGAGGUAGCAUCUGCUCUGCCGAGGGGAGGGAGCAUAGGUGGACUCGGAACCUGUAUGUUCAGCUGUUGGUUUUUCCUUCCCCGUGGCUGUCGUAUGUGGACGCCGUCCCUGGGAUCGUGCCUCUGCCCGCAAGGGCGCGUCACCGUGUUUGAGAGCGAGGGACCAGCCAGCAGCCACAAGCGGACGGGGGGGCCGUGCCUGGCCUGGCGCCCGCAGACCCACGUGCUGGCGGCCCAGGACGCACGCCCUGGACCCGCCACAGAUGUGACAGUGCUGCUUCCCCGGCCCUGAGCCCCGAAGGGCGUGCAACCUAGACGCCUCGGCGUGGCACUGGGGUCUGUAGAAAUUCCUUCGUGUUUCCCUCAGAGCCCCCAGGAUGGAUUUUCCAGCGAUUGUGACGUCGUUAUUGGGUUAAGAGGCUCUAGGAACGAGCCAGCGGAUACUCCUGCUUUGUACGUGAACAUUUCAUGUGGUCUCAAAACAUUGGAAAUACGUUUAGUGCAGAUAAAUCACAGAACGUGCCGUUUCUCUACUUCCUCAGGAAACCAUGUACACUCCACCACAUCGCGCGUGACCUUAGCGUGACAGACCGGCGUGUUUCUCUGCCCUGGUGUUUAAUGGACUGAAUUCGUUGGGACGGGCUGGUUAGGGGCCAUUCAGGCUGUCACCGGGGCCGUCACCGGGGCCCUUUCCCUGCCUGGGUUCGCUCUGCUCUGCUCCUCAAGGCCGCGGGGCCUCUGCGUCCAAGGGCUCCCGAAGGGGCUGCGGGCUGAGGGUCCCGAACACGGCAGCGUUGGCCGAAGUGUCUACGCCAACGGCUUCCUUGGGCGUAAGAAAACCGUUUUUCCCAAAUGACAUAGCGUUCCAGGGCGAAAGCUCGCCACCAAGCCUGGGCGUCCCACGUGGCGACCUGCGCGCUUCGGAGGGUUAUGGAGGCGACGCUGCAGACACAUGUUCUUGACUGUUUAGUUUGAAAGUUUACAUUUUUUUAUGCUUUGUGUUGGUGUGUAAUUUUUUGUACUAUUGGUGGCUAGUUUUUGUCUAAAAUCUUUUUUGAAAUACUGCUUAAAUGUUUUGAUUUUAUGAUAGUGAAGCUUGUAUUCAGUGUUUUGCCAAUUGAUAUUAUAUGCUUGUAAUAAAAGCAAAAGGAAAACCGA